CCCAACGCAGAUUCAGCGCGGGUCACUGGCGGGUCCCAGCGGACCCGGCCGGCGCUUCCAAGGGUUCUGGCUUCUGCAUCCCGGCGUAGCGACGAGGUGCGGGCAAGGCGGCCCCGCUGACCCGAAGCUGAGACACGAUGAGCAGCCACGGCAACAGUCUGUUCCUGAGGGAGAGCGGCCAGCGCCUGGGUGGCGUGGGCUGUCUGCAGAGCUUCCAGGACAGUCUGCAGCAGAGAGCUCUGCGCACGCGCCUGCGUCUGCAGACCAUGACCAGAGAGCAUGUGCGGCGCUUCCUGCGCAGGAAUGCCUUCAUCUUGCUCACAGUUAGCGCUGUGAUCAUUGGGGUCAGCCUGGCAUUUGCUUUGCGCCCAUAUCAGCUCUCCUACCGCCAGAUCAAGUACUUCUCUUUUCCUGGUGAGCUGCUCAUGAGGAUGCUGCAGAUGCUGGUACUCCCCCUCAUCGUCUCCAGCCUUGUCACAGGUAUGGCAUCCCUGGACAACAAGGCAACAGGGCGGAUGGGAAUGCGGGCAGCUGUGUACUACAUGGUGACCACAGUCAUUGCGGUUUUCAUCGGGAUCCUAAUGGUCACCAUCAUCCAUCCUGGCAAGGGCUCCAAGGAGGGGCUGCACCGUGAAGGCCGAAUUGAGACUGUCCCAACAGCUGAUGCUUUCAUGGACCUGGUCAGAAAUAUGUUUCCACCUAACCUUGUGGAGGCCUGCUUUAAACAGUUUAAGACGCAGUACAGCACACGAGUGGUAACCAGGACGAUUGUAAGGACAGAGAAUGGGUCAGAGCUGGGGGCCUCCAUGUCUCCCCCAUCAUCAGUAGAGAAUGAAACCAGCAUCCUGGAGAAUGUCACCCGGGCAUUGGGCACCCUGCAGGAGGUGAUAAGCUUUGAGGAGACUGUGCCUGUGCCUGGCUCGGCCAAUGGCAUCAAUGCCUUGGGCCUUGUGGUCUUCUCUGUGGCCUUUGGGCUGGUCAUUGGUGGCAUGAAGCACAAAGGCCGUGUCCUGAGGGACUUCUUCGACAGCCUCAAUGAGGCUAUUAUGAGGCUGGUGGGCAUCAUCAUCUGGUAUGCACCAGUGGGCAUCCUGUUCCUGAUUGCUGGGAAGAUUCUAGAAAUGGAAGACAUGGCUGUCCUUGGAGGUCAGCUGGGCAUGUACACUCUGACUGUCAUCGUUGGCUUGUUCCUUCAUGCUGGUGGUGUGUUGCCCCUCAUCUACUUCCUCGUCACCCAUCGGAACCCUUUCCCAUUCAUUGGGGGCAUGCUACAGGCCCUCAUCACAGCCAUGGGUACCUCUUCCAGCUCUGCAACCCUGCCUAUCACUUUCCGCUGCCUGGAGGAAGGCCUGGGUGUGGAUCGCCGCAUCACCAGGUUCGUGCUGCCUGUGGGGGCCACCGUCAACAUGGAUGGCACAGCACUCUAUGAGGCCUUGGCAGCCAUCUUUAUUGCUCAAGUCAACAACUAUGAGCUCAAUCUGGGCCAGAUCACCACAAUCAGCAUCACAGCCACAGCUGCCAGUGUUGGAGCAGCUGGCAUCCCCCAGGCAGGACUGGUCACCAUGGUGAUCGUGCUCACAUCCGUCGGCCUGCCCACAGAGGACAUUACGCUGAUCAUAGCUGUGGAUUGGUUCCUUGACCGGCUUCGUACGAUGACCAAUGUCCUGGGAGACUCAAUUGGAGCAGCUGUCAUUGAGCAUUUGUCCCAACGGGAGCUGGAGCUGCAGGAGGCUGAGCUGACCCUUCCCAGCCUGGGGAAGCCCUAUAAGUCACUCAUGGCACAAGAAAAGGGGGCAUCAAGGGGUCGGGGAGGUAAUGAGAGUGUCAUGUGA